AUGUUUCCACAACAGUCACACAAACUCAUACUCCUAUUGUCUUGCUGUUGCAGUCUCCUAUGGUUGGGAUCAUGUGUUGAGGGUGUCCUAUUCGAGGCCACUUCACCUCUCUUUACCUAUCGACAUGGCAGAUACUUGAGGGAGAAGGAUGCAAUUCUAUUUGAUUGGAGUGGAAUGAUUAUAUCAACCCAAUUUGUCUAUAAACAGGAUGUGAAUGCAACGAUGAACAUUUUGAAUGCAAUGGUUCAUUUCAAGAGUCAUCGACAUACUUAUAAUGUCUACUUGUGGAGAUUGAAUGAAAAUAAUGAAAGAGUUAAAUUGCUUCAACAUUCCUUGCUGGCUUGUAAUUUGACAGCAGAACACUUUGAGGUGAAUUUUAAUUGGCCAAAGGAUACGAUGAGUCAAUCCUAUACUAUUCAAAUGGAAUUGGAAAAGAGAACAGAGCCACAUCUUGGUAUUGUCUCCUUUUAUGGAAUAACCUUCACUCAAGCUGUUGCACCAGUCUCAAUAUCGAACACUGUCAAGAGAGCUAAUGAUUUGAAGAUUGAAUUUAUUGGAGAUUCAAUUACUUGUAAGCCUCCAUGUGGAUUUAGUCCUCUUACUGAGGAUGUUCACGAGAGUUUUGUUGAAAAAACUGCAAGAUAUCUGAAUGCAUCUGAUAUUCAUGUUCAAUGCUGGAGUGGCAAGGGAAUGGUCAGAAAUCAUGGUGAUAAGAAUACCACAAGUGCUGAACCAUUCUCAACCUAUUACCCAAGAACAUUGGCCAAUGAUCCAAAUAUUUUAUGGAAUUUCCAAAAGAUAUUUGUUCCUGAUAUUGUUGUCAUUACAUUGGGAACCAAUGAUUUCAGUACAGCUCCAAGACCUUCAUACGAAGAGUUCAGUGGGGCCUAUCAAAAAUUCCUUGACUAUGUCUUUUCACAGUAUGCUCCAGUUAAGGGACCUUCUUUCAAAGUUGUAAUGGUUAGUCUUGUAACUUUUGGAAAUUAUGGAGAUUACAUCCAACAAGUUGCUGAGAGACAACAAGGUUAUGGAAAGAAUCUAUUCUUUGCAAACUUGAGAGAUUUAUUACGUAAUUUCACACCUGAAGAUAAGGGAUGUGGAAUUCACCCAAGUGUUGCUGGAGAUGAAAAGAUGGCCAAAAUGUUGAGUGCUUUCAUUUCCCAAAAAGUAAUAAACUAG